AUGGAGGCGCCCGCCAGCGCGCAGACCCCGCACCCGCACGAGCCCAUCAGCUUCGGCAUCGACCAGAUCCUCAACAGCCCGGACCAGGACAGCGCACCAGCCCCGCGGGGCCCCGACGGCGCCAGCUACCUGGGAGCGCCCCCGGGGGGCCGUCCGGGCGCCACGUACCCCUCGCUGCCCGCCUCCUUUGCGGGUCUCGGCGCGCCCUUCGAGGACGCGGGAUCUUACAGUGUCAACCUGAGCCUGGCGCCCGCCGGCGUAAUCCGGGUGCCAGCACACAGGCCGCUGCCCGGAGCCGUGCCACCGCCUCUGCCCAGCGCGCUGCCCGCCAUGCCCUCCGUGCCCGCGGUCUCCAGCCUAGGCGGCCUCAAUUUCCCAUGGAUGGAGAGCAGCCGCCGCUUCGUGAAAGACCGCUUCACAGCCGCGGCGGCGCUCACGCCCUUCACGGUGACCCGGCGCAUCGGCCACCCGUACCAGAACAGGACGCCGCCCAAGCGUAAGAAGCCGCGCACGUCCUUUUCUCGGGUGCAGAUCUGUGAGCUGGAAAAGCGUUUCCAUCGCCAGAAGUACCUGGCCUCGGCCGAGAGGGCGGCGCUCGCCAAGUCCCUCAAAAUGACGGACGCGCAGGUCAAGACCUGGUUCCAAAACCGGAGGACCAAGUGGCGGUCGCAGACGGCGGAGGCGGAAGCGGAGCUGCAGCAGGCGAUCCUGCUCAUGCUUUCAGUACAGCCCGACACAUUCCAAAAGAGCUCAACGACUUCAUCCAGUCGGACCUCUCUGUCUGCACAACUCGUCGUUUCUUCGCCCUGCAGAUACUGCAAGCCUGCGGAGGAGGACAGCCUCUAA